CUUUCUACUGCAUGUCAGUGACAUUUCUGCUUUCUCCUGACUGGUUCUUUUUUAGUAAAGUGGCUAUGCGCAUGAGUGCAGGGCUUAGGCUACAUCCAUGGACAGAAGAUGAUGUAUCCAAGGGCUUUGUUUUACAAUGAAGAAUAUUGUAAAACUUCCCCAUGAAGUAAUGUAAUGGCUUGCCUGACAAUGACCGAAAUGAGCAUUACUACAGCCUCAUCUGGCCAUCCAAGUGAGGAUGUGAACGUGAAUGCAAGUGUUCCAAAGCAGACUGAAAGAGGGUUUUGUGUCAUUCUCUAUCAUGCAAUAGGGAAAGAGAAUGGAGAUUGUCUGGAACUACCCCCUGGAGAAUAUGUUGCUGAAGAUCUAUGUGUCUCUGCUGCCAGAGCUUGUGGUGUUACACCAGUGUAUUAUGGCUUGUUUGCACUUAUGAAUGAGUUGGACAGAGUGUGGUUCCCUCCCAACGAGACCUUCCUGGUAGAAGAGACGACAAAGCAGAAUCUGAUCUUUAGGUUAAGAUUUUACUUUCCUCACUGGUACUGCAAUGGAAGCAGCCGAGCAUUUCGACAUGGACUUGUAAAAGCAUCAGAGAGCCCUGUUCUGGAUGACUUUGUCAUGUCGUACUUAUUUGCCCAGUGGAGAGAUGACUUCAUUAAUGGCUGGAUAGAACUACCUAUCACCCAUGAAACUCAAGAAGAAUGUCUUGGAAUGGCUGUUCUUGAUAUGAUGCGCAUGGCAAGUGAAAAGGAGCAAAGUCCACUGGAUAUCUACAAUGCUAUAAGCUACAAGAAGUUUUUACCAAAGUGCAUUCGAGCUAAAAUUCAGGACUAUCACAUUUUAACUCGAAAGCGAAUAAAAUAUCGAUUCCGCAAGUUCAUUCAGCAGUUCAGCCAAUGCAAAGCUACUGCCAGAGACUUAAAACUAAAAUAUCUCAUAAAUCUAGAGUCCCUGCAGUCAAACUUCUACACUGAGCACUUUGAAGUGAAAGAGCCUGGUAGGGAUCACUUGGGAGAUGAAAUUUUUGCAACCAUAGUUGUUUCGGCAAAUAAUGGCAUUCAGUUAUCAAGAGGGAAACCUCAAGUAAAAGGAGCACACACUGACCAGGAUUUACAAAGUUAUUGUGAUUUUCCUGAUAUUAUUGAUAUCAGCAUCAAACAAGCAAACCAGGAUGAGUCCACGGAGAGCAGGGUUGUUACCAUCAACAAAAAAGAUGGCAAAAUUUUGGAGGUGGAAUUUUCCUCGUUAAAGAAAGCUCUCUCUUUUGUGUCGCUAAUUGAUGGGUUUUACCGACUAACAACAGAUGCACACCAUUACCUUUGCAGGGAAGUUGUGCCUCCCAGGGUACUGGAGUGCAUUCAGAGCUACUGCCAUGGCCCAAUUUCAAUGGAAUUUGCCAUUAACAAGCUCAAGAAGUCAGGAAGCAAAAAAGGGCUUUUUAUUCUUCGAUGCUGUCCUAAAGAAUUUAACAAGUACUUCCUCACAUUUGCAAUAGAGCGUGCUAAUGAGCCUGACUUCAAACACGGUUUGAUAACCAAAAAUGAAAGUGGGGAGUAUAACUUAAGAGGAGCAAAGAAGACAUUUAGCACGCUCAAAGAAUUGCUAAACUGCUACCAGAAAGAAACUGUCCGCCUAGAUGGCAUCAUCUUUCAGUUCAGCAGAUGUUGUCCGCCGAAACCUAAAGAUAAAUCCAAUUUAAUUAUCUUCAGAAGCAAUAGAGAUUCUGAAAUUGCCAUAUCUCCCACACUACAGAGGCACAAUAAUGUAAAUCAGAUGGUGUUUCACAAAAUCAGAAAUGAAGAUUUGACUUUUAUGGAGAAUCUUGGACAGGGAACUUUUACCAAGAUAUUCAGAGGAAAGCGGGAAGAAUUAGGAGACUAUAAUCAGAUUCAUGAAACUGAAGUGCUCCUCAAGGUCUUGGAGAUAACUCACCGAAAUUAUUCUGAGGCCUUCUUUGAAGCCGCGAGCAUGAUGAGCCAGCUUUCUUACAAGCAUUUGAUAUUGAAUUACGGCGUCUGCGUAUGUCGAGAUGAGAGUAUUCUAGUCCAAGAAUAUGCAAAAUUUGGGUCCCUGGACACGUACUUGAAGAAAAAUAAAAACUCAAUCAAUGUUAUGUGGAAGCUAGAGGUUUCAAAACAGUUGGCAUGGGCCAUGCAUUUUCUUGAGGAUAGAAAUAUCGCUCAUGGAAAUGUAAGUUCAAAAAACAUCCUACUGGUCAGAGAAGAGGACAGGAAGGCUGGAAACCCAGCUUUUAUCAAGCUCAGUGAUCCUGGCAUCAGCAUUACAGUUUUACCCAGAGAAAUUCUACUGGAAAGGAUUCCUUGGAUUGCUCCUGAAUGCAUUGAAAACUCCAAAAAUCUGAAUAUAGCAUCAGACAAGUGGAGUUUUGGCGCCACUUUAUGGGAAAUAUGUAGUGGUGGUGACAAACCUCUGAAUGCACUGGAUUCACAAAGGAAGCUGCAGUUCUAUGAAGAUAAACAUCAGCUGCCUGCCCCAAAAUGGAUAGAACUUGCAAACCUAAUACACAGCUGUAUGGAUUAUGAGCCUGAUUUCCGGCCUUCAUUUAGAGCAGUAAUACGAGAACUCAACAGCCUGUUCACUCCAGAUUAUGAAUUAUUGGCAGAAAAUGAUCUACUUCCUAACAUGAGAAUCGGAACCUUUGGUUUCUCUGGGGCCUUUGAGGACAGAGACCCAACUAAUUUUGAAGAAAGACAUCUUAAAUUCUUACAGCAACUAGGCAAGGGUAAUUUUGGAAGUGUAGAACUGUGCCGGUAUGACCCUCUUCAGGACAAUACUGGUGAGGUUGUGGCAGUUAAGAAACUCCAGCACACUACUGAAGAAUAUCUAAGGGAUUUUGAAAGAGAAAUUGAAAUUUUGAAAUCCCUGCAGCAUGAAAACAUUGUGAAAUAUAAAGGUGUUUGUUACAGCGCUGGUCGCCGUAAUUUAAGAUUGAUUAUGGAAUACCUUCCCUAUGGAAGCUUGCGAGAUUACCUACAAAAACACAAAGAAAGACUAGACUUCAAGAAGCUUUUACAGUAUUCAUCACAGAUCUGCAAGGGCAUGGAAUAUCUCACAAUCAAAAGGUACAUUCACCGAGAUUUAGCAACCAGGAAUGUUUUGGUGGAAAAUGAAAACCGAGUGAAAAUUGGAGAUUUUGGAUUAACCAAAGUACUACCACAAGACAAAGAAUAUUACAAAGUUAAAGAACCAGGUGAAAGUCCAAUAUUCUGGUAUGCACCAGAAUCUUUGACCGAAAGCAAAUUUUCUGUGGCUUCAGAUGUCUGGAGUUUUGGUGUGGUUUUAUAUGAGCUCUUCACAUACAGCGAGAAAAAUAAAAGCCCUCCUUCGGAGUUCAUGAGAAUGAUUGGAGGUGAUAAGCAAGGCCAGAUGAUUGUGUUCCAUUUGAUUGAGCUUCUCAAGAACAAUGGAAGGCUGCCACAGCCUGAUGGUUGUCCUUCUGAGAUUUAUACCAUUAUGAUGGAUUGCUGGAAUAAUAACAUCAGUCUACGUCCUUCAUUUAAAGAUCUUUCAGUUCAAGUUGAUAGAUGCAAGGAACGUAUGGGAGAUUAAGGGCUGGGACUUAACAAGACCUAAAGAGGCUGUACAUUGUGAACAUAACCUUCAUGAGCCACCAUGGACAACAGUGCAUUCAGUGCAACUUUCUGCAGAUUUUUUUGAAAAUAUUGAUUGUUGGUGUGUGGUAUGUGCAAAUAUGCUUUGCGUUGGAUUGGACAAUGCAAACUAAACACUUGCACAUUUUCUGGAAGUCACAUUUACUUUGCAACAAAGACUACAAACUAAGCUCCUUUUCUGAGCUGAACAAUUUCUUUCAGUUUCUAACAGAUUGCUGUAUCAAGCCCAUAGACAAUAUCCUGAUUACAAAGAAUUCUAUUUUUCUUAAGAGAAAACCACUCUGAGAUAGCCAGUGCCAUACGGAGGCAGUACACAAAAACCUGCUUUUAUCAUGUUUGAAAAUAUAUAUUUUGACUUUUUCUUAGCAACCUGCAUAUAAUAUUUGUAUAGUUUGUGUGAAAUUGAGUUACAUGCCAUCAUGGCUUAAGCAUCAUGACUUUUGUUUUCAUAAAAGAUACUGAUCAUACAUUGUUCUGUUCAUUCUAUAUACAUUUGCAUAUGAACAAGAUUAAUAUGCUUCUUUUGUUAACAAAACUAUGUGCCUGUCCAAGUCUUGUCCAAUCAGUCAGAAACAUGAUUAGGAUAUGUUGACAAAAUGCUUGUUUUGGCUCAUUCUAAAAUAUUACAGGACAAAGGGAUCAAAUAUGUGUAUUUUCCUAGUUUCCCCGUGUGCUUUUUAAUAUAUGUUUGAAACAGACACCCAUACAGAGUACAGUGGUUUUAAAAAA